UUUAGCAAUUGAUGCCCGGGCCAUCUGGUUACAUCGUCCCAUGUGGUCUCAGAUCAACCAAGCGGUCAUGUAUAUAAAGGCUUUGAUUCCCAUCGUUCGAUAUGUUGGAUAUUAGAACUUCUGUGUAAUUGUAAACAGUAAUUUAAUACGAAAAUGGUGUCUUCAACCCUCAUCGUCUCCCUCCUCGCCUCCGCGGCAUCCGCGCGUUCAGUGAAGCGUGGUACAGGUGAAAUCAAAUGCCCUGUGGUACUUAGUGGGUUCGUUCUGGCAGACAAGACGCCGACAGACUUUGAUGCGUACGCGACGAGCCCGUUCAACCCCGACUACAUCCGGGGCAGCGAGAAGUUCUCGCAAAUCUUACAAUUCCCGGAUGUCGGCAGCUCGCGUUUCGAUAACGCAUCUACCAAGUCCGUCGAGGUUACCAUCAACGAUAAAUCCAUCUUCCAGACUCAAAAUGGGUUCCGCCGCGCCGGUUUACAGAUACAGGGCGACACGAAUGAGGGUGGUCCAGGAAGUAAGGGAGUUAGAACGCUGCAUUUUAGCGUUAAGCAAGAUCCCGAGCGGACCCUGAACUUAACGCAUGAGUAUCUGAACGUCUGGCACGAAGCCUCCGAUUUCAGCGCCAACCAGUUCAACUUCCAAACUGGUACCCUCAUUGGCAAGACUGGCGGUAACGCAAACACCUUCAAGGUUCUAAACCGACAGAACACCCAAGUGUGGGAGACCCCUACCGAUCCUACUGCUUGGCAGAACUUUGCCAUUACUCUUGACUUUGUGAAGAACACCCUCCAAGUAUACUACUCCAAAGACGACGAGCCCCUAGAGGCUGUCACCGCUGCGCUUUCCAACGACAACAGCGGCGAAGGACAAUACCAAAUCGGCAUCUUGAAGAAACCGACGGGCACCUCCGAUGUCGUAAACUCAGGCUUCCAAGAGACCGGUAUUGAUGAGGGUCAGAUCUACGGUGGACUUUUCAUCGAGGACAGUGCUAACGGCUGCAUAUCGUUGUAAA